AUGGACGCUCCGCCGCGGAAUCCAGAGCGUGAACUACCCAGAAACCCAGACAAAUACGCUGUACCAUCUUCAUCCAAGGGUGCAUAUCCAUAUUUACAAACAGAUGCCGACAAGAACGGGUCCACGCCCUCGUCAGACCGCCCGCAACGCCAAUCCUCGUUUCUCAACCUGGCAUUAACACCGCUCCGAAGCCAGUCUAAGCAGAUUAGACAGUCGUACGAAAACUUGGUUGCGCUCGCAAAUGCUCAAGAGGCGCUCAAGCAGACGCGUCGGGCGGUUUGGCGUGAUCGUGGCGAACCACCGGUAGAGUUGACGAGUGUCGAAGAGUGCUUUGAACAUGCGAUGAGAGGUGGUGCACGUGCUGGAGGUCUUGGCUUUGGAAUCCGGUCCGGCGUCAAUAUCUUCAUCCUCUUGUUCAAGAUUUUCAGGACCCCAAAGUCCUUUCGUUUCAGCCUUAUCCGACAUGCACUCUUAGGCCCGGACAGCUUCAAGUUUGCAGCCAUGCUCGGGACCUUUGUAACCCUUUACAAGCUUUUACUCAACGCAUUGCCGUUGUUUUCGAUGCCUUCCCAACUCGCAGACUUUUCUCCACCUCUUCCAUGGGGCGUCAGCGCACCCGCAACGCCACCGGGUUACGACUCGGAUCCGAAUUGGAGCCUCAUGACACCGAAACACGAGAAGAAAAAGUUUGAUCUUGAAGCUGGAAGGAAGGAGGAUGAAGAGAUUGACCCGGCUAACGUUAAGACCAAACUCUCGAGACAAGCCAAAGUACACGAGGUUUGGAUCCGGAAGAAGGGUCGUCGGUGGCAUGCCGCACUCGCUGGAGCAAUCGCCGGUGGUCUGGCUGUUCUCUGGGAAACUAAGGAGCGGCGGCUGGGUAUUGCCCAGCAGCUAUUCGUUCGCGGUUUGCAAGGAUCGUGGAACGCAUUCUCCGCAAAGAAAGGGAUCAAGGUUCCAUUCGGCUCGGUCAUCGUUUUUUCGAUGUGCUGCGGUCAAAUCAUGUACGCAUGGCUCCUCAGGCCAGACACUAUCCCGCGCUCGUACAGUUUAUGGAUCAGCGAAGCGGCCAAAGUCCUUCAUCCAACCGUUCUGGUCAAUCGAGGAUUCGCGCGCGAAGGACGAGCGGAUCCCAAGUAUAUGAGGGAUAUCAUGGACUGGUCGCAAACUACCCCAUCCAAUCGAACCUUGAUAGCUCAGGCUAUCGAAGCGACUGCGAAUGGACCCAUCGAGCGGCGAUUCAGCAGCUGCGCAGAGACUCAUCCAUGGCUCGAUUCGUGCACCUAUGUUCAAAUUGAACGGUUCCUCGAAGUGUUCAAGUGGAUGUUCCCAAUCUAUGGAGCGCUUCACUUUGUACCUGCGCUUCUUUUCAAGCGGAAAGAGUGGGUAAAGGAUGCACCAGGAAUGUUGUGGAGAAAUCUUCUGGGAACGGGUCGUAGCUCUGCGUUCCUAGGAGUGUUUGUCAUCAUUUACCAAACCUACUUUUGCGCACGAUACAAUCUUUACGAGUGGCUGGUCUCGCUCAAAUCAGACUCGGAGGCGCUCAAGCUGUUUAGGAGCAAGAUCAUGGGCCACAAAUAUACGUUGUGGAUGGUCGGUGCCAUGUGCGGACUCUCACUCUUGGUCGAGGCGCCAAAGAGGAGAGCAGAGCUGGCGAUGUACGUGAUGCCAAAGGCACUUGAGAGCGCAUGGGUCAGCGCUCGUGGCCGUGGAUGGGUGACUGGUGGAGGAAGGGUAGGCCAAAGCCUACUCUGCGCCGCGGGCAUGGGUAUGGUCAUGAACGAUCCCCAGCAUCUGUCUGGCCUCGUACGACGAAUUCUCUACCAAUUCAUUGGACCCAAUUAA